GGAUGCGCCACUGGAGGAACACUUCCUUCCUCCAGCACCAUUCUGUGUCACGUGAGCCACACUUGUCCAUCAAUCGUGCGCGUCAUGAGUCUCACUUACUCACAGGUGAUACCUAUUAGUCUACCUCAUAUGCUAUCAGGUGUCGCGUCCGUUGAUCGUUUUUCUUCCUGCGUGAGGUAUUUUGUGGCGGAUUGGCGAGCUGCGGUUUGCUUUUGCAGAUGCCAUGUUUGAGCAGUGAGCAUGGCGGAAAACCAUCUGGAGCACAGAUACCUGGAGGGAGAGUCCAUCGGGGAGCAUUACGGAGAGGACCCCGAGCUGGCGGCCAUCAAGGCCAGGGUUCAGGAACUGGAGAUGGAAGAAGAGACCGACAGACUCAGGGAGGAGGACGAGCGCUGCGAUGCUGCAGAGAUGCAGCUCUUGACCAGCAGCCCCCGGCCGGGGCCUUUUUACAAUAUGACUCCUGAAGAGAGGAUAGACGCUGACAACAGAUCAGUUUACGUUGGAAAUGUAGACUAUGGAGCUACAGCAGACGAGUUGGAAAUCCAUUUCAAUGGCUGCGGUCCUGUCAACAGAGUGACCAUUCUAUGUGACCGGUUCUCCGGGCAUCCUAAGGGCUUUGCUUACAUUGAGUUUUCUGAUCGAGACUCUGUGCAGAGUGCUAUUGGGUUGCAUGAGACCUUGUUCAGAGGAAGAGUCCUCAAGGUAAUGCCCAAGAGGACCAACAUGCCAGGAAUUAGCACCACAGACAGGGGAGGGCACCGAGGCGGUCACUCCAGGGGCAGAGGUCGAGGUUUCCGUCCACCCAGAUACCUUAACAGCUCUCGAGGCAGGUUCCGGUACCAGUCAACCAGGCCACAACAUCAAACACCCCACCCUUACUAUGGAGGCCCUUCAGUGGGGAAGAGGCAGUGGGGGCAGUUGGACUAUCAUGAACAGAUGCCUAAACGUUACCCAUGUCUUCUGCUUAUCACCCCACCGUCAGAAGAGUUGGGUGCAGGCUCAAGUGGACAGCACUACCCCCAACAGCGCUAACACUAUGUAUGUACAAUAUCAAGUGGAUGAGAACUGGUCAUUUUAAAAAGAAAAAUUCAGAAUUUACUGUGUGCGAGUGAGGACCAGAAUAAAUGGCAGAGAUUUGGACUUCCCAAGUUGGACCCCGGGCAGUUUCUUCUAAUUAGGUGACAUGUGAACAGUGAACUUUGGGGUCAGAAAUUCUUUGAAAAGGCACUGCAUUUAAAGCUUGUUCCUGUAAAUGCAUGGACAAUCCUCAAAUUGUUAUGCAGUUGCGUCCCUUAUUGUUUUUACAAAUUGAUGCGAAUGUAUUGGUAUUAUCUGCCUGCAUUGUCAUGUAUAAAUCCUCUGUGUACACGUUCUUUGCUAUGUAAGUGAAUAAAUAAAAAAUGAUUCAGUGCUUCA